AUGGACGGGAAAACCUCACCGACCACCUCCUGGCCAACCAGCAGUGUCCCUGCCAGCCUCCAUGCCUCCACAGUCAGCAACAUCUUCAGUGCCCGAGCUCCACAGCCCCGAGAGAGUGUCCUUGGCAUCAGCUUCAAGCCCUACAGCCCUGAGCCCAGCACAGCCUCUGCCACCUGCACGACCUGUGAGAGCCCACGAUCCUCCAUGUUCAGAGCUCCCUGCAUGAGUCAGCGACGCCUUGCCCUCAUCUUCUGCGUCUCCAUCCUCAUCGUGCUGCUCAUCGCCCUCAUCCUGCUCUUUAUGUUCUGGAGGUCCCAGACUGGCAUCAUCUACAAGGAGCCUGCUGAGAGCUGCAGGGACAGCCCUGUGCGCUGCGACGGAGUCGUGGACUGCUCCCAGCGCAGCGAUGAGCUGGGCUGUGUGCGCUUCGCCUCCGACCAGUCCUUGCUCCAUGUCUACUCCAGCGAGGAGAGCCAGUGGCUGCCGGUGUGCAGCAGUGCCUGGAAUGAGUCCUUCUCCAGAAAGACCUGCAGGCAGCUGGGCUUCCAGAAUGCAUCACAGACAGAGUACAUCCCCCUGCACCUCUCCGGCAAGAGCCUCACUGUGAGCGACGAGCAAGAGACCAUCCAGCAGAGUCUCAACAGCUCCCAGUGUCUCACAGGAAAGUACGUCUCCCUCCGCUGCACAACCUGUGGGCAGAGGAUCUCCGGGAGGAUCAUCGGAGGGAAGGAGACCUUGGUGAGCAAAUGGCCCUGGCAGGUCAGCGUCCAGUAUGGCCCCAUCCACAUCUGUGGGGGCACCCUCAUCGAUGCCCAGUGGGUCCUCACCGCUGCCCACUGCUUCUUCAUGAACAGCAUGAAGAUCCUGGACGACUGGAAGGUGUACGGAGGGGUCUCGGACCUGAAGCAGCAGGCAGAGGGCAUCCCUGUGACCCAGGUCAUCAUCAACUCCAACUACAGCGACGACCACGACGACUACGACAUUGCCCUCAUGAGGCUCUCCAGGCCUCUGACACUCUCAGCCCAGGUGCGCCCAGCCUGCCUGCCCAUGCACGGGCAGCGCUUCCAGACCGGCAGGUCCUGCUUCAUCACCGGCUUCGGGAAGACCAAGGAGAAUGAAGACAACACCUCCCCGAAGCUGCGGGAGGCGGAGGUGAAGCUGAUCGACUACAAGAUCUGCAACAGCGACAAAGUCUACGAGGGCUACCUGACCCCACGCAUGAUGUGUGCUGGGUACCUGCAGGGAGGCAAAGACGCCUGCCAGGGGGACAGUGGAGGACCUCUGGUGUGUGAGGACAGCGGCCGCUGGUACGUGGCAGGGGUGACGAGCUGGGGCACAGGCUGUGGGCAGAAGAACAAGCCUGGUGUCUACACACGGGUGACAAAGCUCCUCAGCUGGAUAUACAGCAAAAUGGAGAGUGAGAAUGACUAA